ACAUUUCGACAACAGGUAUUUAUUUGGACUAUGAACUUUGUUUUGGAUAUAUUGGAAAAAAUAUUUUGUGUACUUAUUUGACAAAAAAAUAAUAAAAUGGCACAACCUCAUCGAAGGGCUGUUUUAAAUCUUUACAAAACGUUAUUGUAUUUGGGUCGAGACUGGCCUCAAGGUUACGACCUGUUUCGGAAACGAUUGCACAAAGUAUUCGUGAAGAACAGCGAAGAAUCAAAUCCGGAGAAAGUUAAGAUCAUGAUAAAGCACGGUGAAUUUGUUAUUAAAGAAAUAGAGGCUCUAUACAAACUGAAGAAAUACAGGGCUAUGAAAAGAAGGUACUAUGAUGAAAGUUAAAUAGGUAUGUUAUUUUAGUUUUGGAACAAAAUGACAACCUAAUCAGUAAAACGUAUUUGUAAUUUUUUUGGUGCAUUGAUAUACUGUUUAUCACUGUUGAGACCUUGUAAAGUAAGUAUGUAAAUAUAUGUAUAUUUAGAUAAAGAAAUGAUAGCAAUAUUAUCAAUAGUAGAUCAUAAACAUUUGCUUUUGUAAGAUUGUGUAGUAUAAAGUCAUUUCUCUAUUUUAACAUUGUAUGUAUAUGUUGAUGUUUUCUUUUGUAUUGUUUUUCAAGUCAAUUAUAUACAAAGCAAGGUUUAAAAUAAAACAAAACAUCUAUGUAAUUAUGUAUUAUAGACAUUUUUAUAGUUUACAUAAUUCAUUACUAUUAUAAACUCUAGUAAAAAUUAUAUUGUGUUACAAUAAAAUUAAAUAUCUAAUAUUUCUAAACAAAAUGUUAAUAAACCUUUAACAUAACAAUGAGA